AUGUCCACCAUCCUUAGUGCGGCGUCCAAAGUGAAAUGGGACCGCACGGCUUUAGCUAAGCGAGCCGUGUUUCUCGCCGCUGCAGCCUACGGCGUCAAAACUCUCUACCCGGUCAUCUGCAGGCAGCUCUGCAAAAAACAAGCCGACCGACGGUCUGAAAACGGAUCGGCAUGCUCGUUAAAAUGCCGCAUAGACGCUGCGGAUCCAUUGAGGGCGUCCCCUGGGGUCAACGCGGAAUUCUUCAAGCAGAUCCUGGAACUUGCAAAAAUCCUUUUCCCCAAGCUGCUGUCCAAGGAGCUCGCUUUGCUCUCCUUGCACUCUGUGGCGCUGGUCUCCAGGACGUUCCUGUCCAUCUACGUGGCCAGCUUGGACGGCAAGAUAGUGAAGACCAUCGUGGAGAAGCAGCCGAGAAGCUUCAUCAUCCAGCUCGUCAAAUGGCUCCUCAUCGCCAUCCCGGCCACGUUCGUCAACAGCGCCAUCCGCUUCUUGGAGUGCAAGCUGGCCCUGGCCUUCCGCACCCGCCUGGUGAACCAUGCCUACCGGACCUACUUCACCGACCAGACCUACUACAGAGUCAGCAACAUGGACGGGAGGCUGGCCAACCCGGACCAGUCCCUGACGGAGGACGUGCUGAUGUUCUCCCAGUCGGUUGCCCAUCUGUACUCUAACCUCACCAAGCCCAUCCUGGACGUGAUGCUCACCUCCUACACGCUCAUCCGGACGGCUCGGUCCAGGGGCGCCAACGCCAGCGGGCCCACGCUGCUGGCCGGCUUGGUGGUCUUCGCCACCGCCAAGGUCCUCCGGGCGUGCUCGCCUAAAUUCGGCAAGCUGGUGGCCGAGGAGGCGCACCGGAAGGGAUACCUUCGCUACGUGCACUCCAGGAUCAUCGCCAAUGCGGAGGAAAUCGCCUUCUAUAGGGGACACAAGGUAGAGAUGCGCCAGCUACAAAAGUGCUACCGCGCCCUGGCCGAGCAGAUGAACUUGAUCCUCUCCAAGCGCCUGUGGUACAUCAUGAUCGAGCAGUUCCUCAUGAAGUACGUGUGGAGCAGCAGCGGCCUCGUCAUGGUGGCCGUGCCCAUCAUCACCGCCACCGGCUUCGCCGACAACGAAACAGCUGAUGGUCACCCACAUCGGAUGGUGAGUGAGAGGACGGAGGCGUUCACCACCGCCCGGAACCUUUUGGCAUCGGGAGCCGACGCCAUCGAGAGGAUCAUGUCCUCCUACAAAGAGGUCACAGAACUGGCGGGCUACACGGCGCGAGUCCAUAACAUGUUUGUGGUGUUCGAGGACGUCCAGAGGGGCGUCUACAAGCGCUCGUCGCUGACCGCCGCCAACGGAGGAGAGAAGAAGAGCAAACCAGAGAUGCACAUCGACGGACCGCUGGAGAUUAAAGGUGAAGUGAUAGACGUGGACAACGGCAUUGUGUGUGAAAACGUCCCAAUUAUAACACCCAACGGGGACGUAGUCGUGUCCAGCCUCAAUGUUAAGGUGGAAGAGGGCAUGCACCUAUUGAUCACGGGCCCUAACGGCUGCGGUAAAAGCUCCCUCUUCCGCAUCCUCAGCGGUUUGUGGCCUGUGUACGGCGGGCGCCUCCACAAACCCUCCCCUCAGCAUAUGUUCUACAUCCCACAGAGACCCUACAUGUCUAUGGGCUCUCUGCGGGACCAGGUGAUCUAUCCCGAUUCCCCGGAGGACAUGUCCGCCAGAGGCCUCAGCGACAAGGACCUGGAGGCCAUCUUGGACAUCGUCAAUCUCUACCACAUUGUCACCAGGGAAGGAGGCUGGGAUGCCGAGCUGGACUGGAAGGAUGUGCUGUCCGGAGGCGAGAAGCAAAGGAUGGGCAUGGCUCGCAUGUUUUACCACAAGCCUAAAUACGCCCUGUUGGACGAGUGCACCAGCGCUGUGAGCAUCGACGUGGAGGGCAAGAUUUUCCAGGCGGCCAAAGACGCCGGCAUCUCCCUGCUGUCCAUCACGCACAGACCCUCGCUGUGGAAGUACCACACGCACUUGCUGCAGUUCGACGGCGAGGGCGGCUGGCGCUUCGAGCAGCUGGACACGGCCACGCGCCUCUCGCUCACCGAGGAGAAGCAGCGCCUGGAGAGCCAGCUGGCCGGCAUCCCCGAGAUGCAGCAGCGCCUCAACGAGCUCUGCAAGAUCCUGGGCGACGACUCGGUGCUCCGAACCGCCGACGAGUGACGGGGAGGGAGGAGACCGAGCUCGGUUUCGACCAUCUCCUCUCUCUCGGCCACUCCAUUUUAAAUUUCUUUUUACAUGAGCAAAGUCGUUAUAUGAUCAAAAAGCCUGCCAGAUGUUCUCAAACAUUUUUUUAAAGGACCCCCUCAUAAUCUUAACGGCAAUUAAACAUGACCACCACGUGAACCCCUAAAUGCAAUCGGAAUUAAAAAGCUGUUUCCAUAAAUUUUUAUAUAAUUUUUUUAGGAAAAAAAGUUAUAAUCUUCACAAGAACAAAGAUAUAUUUGGGGGCGGGGGAUAAAAAGUUGUAUAUUAUGAGAGUGAAGUGAUGUCAUUAAAGUCAACAUUCAACAUUCACAAGAAUUUAAAAAAUACGACUUUAUUCUCAUAAUAUUUCGCCUUUUUAAUAUAAUUAAUAAUGCACUUUGAUCCAAAAAAUAUUUUAUUUGUGCAGCUAAUGUAGGGAGGAGUAGUUAUGUUUGUUGUAUUGCCGCCCCAUAUGUAGGUAUGCACUUUUUAAAAAAUGAUACGACAUUUUAUUACAACUUUGUGGAUCCCUAAGCUGUGACUCAUUUGAGAAGCGCUGCUUAAAGCAACAGAAAAAAAAAAAAAAAAGCACAGCUCAGAGUGAGUGUGACAUUUUUCUCAGUUGAUAUUUUAUUUUAACAUAGCACUUUACAUUUUUUUUUUUUUUUAUAAGUACACCAUUGUGUUUUAAGCAGUAGUUUCCACGCUAUACACUGGGAUGUGCCGAAUUCUACCGAGCUGACUUCUUAUUUUCGUCUUUCACUUCAUGCCUUUUUUAUUUUUUGUGCGUGUGCAGAAUCCCCCUCCACCCCUUUAUUUUUCCGCCUUUCUCACUCUCCCACACACACGCAAAAUAAAAAGCCAUCUAAAACCUAUUAUUGGAGCGAUUAGUGACGCAGGUCUGACCUCUGAACGGAGGGCUUUUUGGUUUAGCGAACAAACACAAUGCCCUAAAGAGGCCCCCCGUCUGCCAAGCGGGCAGCUGACCAUGAAAGUCCGGCUUGCAAAGCGUGUCAUGUGACCACGAAUUGAAUAUUCUGUCUGGGGUUGAAGCUGGUUGUUUGAUGCCUAUUUCCGUUUUUUUAAGACCUUAUGUGGUCAUCCAAAUUUGGAUCAACAAAUUGCGUAGUCACCUCCUGAAUAUGUCCAAUGUUGUCAUUAACUUUGAAUAGGGCCCGACCGAUAUGGAUUUUUUUUUAGCCCGAUUCCGAUAAUUGGCAGAAUAAAAUUCCGAUAACUGAUUAAUCACCGGAUUAAUUUAAGAAUACUUUUUAAGUGUUCGACAAUGGGUGAGCAAAUUACGCCCUGGGGGCUACAGUCGGCCCGCUACAUUUUUUAAUCUGGCAGACUAAGCGUUUACAUUAUCAAUUAUAUAAUAUUAUCAUCAUUGUCCUGUAAUUUGUUGCAUUCAUUUCCUGCAAUUGGUUGAUUACAUUAGUGCAUGCAGUUUGUAUUUUUUCUUGUUUCAUACAUUCGUCUCAUUAAUUAAUUAAUUGGUUGAUUUAUUAAUAAUAAUAAUAAUAAUAAUAAAUUAAAUAAUAAUAUUUAAAAAAAUUAGUAAUCAAUGUAUACAGUAAAUACAAUUAAUUUAUUUUAUGUGUUAUCAGACCAUUGGUUAAUUAAUUUUAAAUAAAAUAAUAUUAAAUACUACAAUUUUAAAAUGCAAAUUUUUUUUUGUUUUUAAACAAACAUUUUACUUGUACUUUUUUUUUUUUUAUUAUUUUUUUUUUUAAACACCUUAUCUCCGGCUGAUUGAGCACAAACGUUUGCCCACCCCUGUUUCAGACUGCAGCUGGAUUUCCCAGACGCCUUCUGGUGCUGCUACAUGCCAGAGACAAAAACAGGACUUUCUCAUUUAGAAGCAGUGUAAAAAAUGUAAUAAUAAUGCCAUGUUACUGGUUAUGAUGGACAAUCACUUGCAUCAUAAAUUCAGUUUUUAUUUUAAACCUGUGGAUAAAACAAAAACUGAAAAUGCUGCGCUGCUCAGGAUAUUGGCUUCUAGUUUAGUUUCCCACACAAUGUGACUUUUCGCCUUUUAAUCCCACUCCGAGCUUCUAAGACCACUUUGCGGCUGUAUGGCGAUCUUUUUAUUUGUGUUAGCAGCUCUAUUCUUUUGAUAAACCAUCUCACAAGGUCUCGGAUUGCCACGGCAACAAGAUUCCCAUAGUCAGACUCUGCUGACAGAAGGGUGAGCGUGCCUCUGAAUGACACGGAGUCUGGACGUUGAGUGUUUCAAUACUACUCAUUUAUUUGAGAACAAAACCAAAUGAAUACAGGAAAAUUAAUACAAUGGCCCAACUUUAUUUCGUCCCUGCCCAAUGACUAAUUUUAGUCCUACCACUAGUUGUAAGGACGUGAUGUUUUAUUGCAUGGGAACCUCAUUGUUCUUUAUCCCUUUAGAAGACAAGUCGGUACAUAACAAUCCAGUUAGCUUCAUGCCCUUUUGUGCAUUGAAGAUUGAAUGUAUUAUGUUCCAAUUCCGAAAGAAUACACAUUUUGUGUGUACGUGUUAACCGUGCAUGUAGUGUUAAUUUAACGGAUUAAGGAUUUGGGAUUGUCCAUCCAUUUAACCUCCCGAUCCUAUACUCUUGUGCAUGUGUUGGAGUUUAUAUGUAUUUUCAUCUUUAAUAAGCGUGAAGAUGUUUUUUCUUGUAAAUAAAACCAUUUGGUGCAAAUGA